AGGUUCAAAAGAAUGGCAUAACGAAUCUGUUUGGAUGAAGGAUAGGCGCGAAUUUUCUUGAAAAUUCGUUGAUUGGUCAAAGCGAGUAGUCGCGCGUGGUACUCGCAAAUAGUGGGGUGAAGAAAGAGAUAUUGUCGUUUACCGUCAACGCCAGAGAGCGCUACGGUCGCGCGUCGUUCUUUGUUUCAUUUAGACGAUCAGUUCGUCUCGUCCAGUAGCGCAGAGAGGCCGGUCGAACAAGAAAUUUUCGAGAAAACGAGGGGUGUCAAAGCUAUUCUUAAUAGUUCCAACGGCGCCGAACGUUACCCCGACGCUCAAAAGACGACGCGCAUUCUCCGCGACAUGCUAGGACGGACGUGAAGCUGUUCAGUAAACUCGUUGCGAUCGAUUCGCAAAUCAUAUCCCUGGAAAUAAAACGCGUAUUCGCGUAGUGUAAAAUAGUGUGCAAAGUGUGCGAGAGGAGAAAGGCAUUGGAGGUGAACAAGAAGAAAAGGAAUAGAAAGAAGAAAGUGCCGGAGGUGGAGGAGGAAGAGGAGGAAGAAGAAGAAGAAGAGGAAAAGAAAGUUGCGGUGGCGGUGGUGUAGAACGAAGAAGAAGACGAGGAAGAACGAGCGCGGAACUACGUUUAGAUAGCGGCGGUAGCAUCGGUAUACCGAAGGUGUCGAAUCGUUGAACGGGCGGACCCAAGGAUUCGCCGUCUCUCGCUCCUGUCUCUUUCCCCCCUUCCUUCUGUCUUUCUCUCUCUCUCUCUCUCUCCCUCCGUGUGUGUAUGUGCGCGCGCGCGUGUGUGUGUGUAUGUGUGUGAUGUGAGAGAGAGAGUGCGCGCGUGUGUGUCUUUUUCUCGUACCGUUUCACGUCACUAAGUCGCUCAUCGGCUGGCUUGCCGGUGUCGAAGAGAUACGGAACGUGCUUGUUCUCGUCCUUGUUUGUUCUUGUCCUCGAGGAAGGAAGAGAAAAAGGAAACGUACGAAACGGAAGAGAAAAGGAAGGAAGAAAGAGAAGAAAAGCAGUGCUGCAGGAUAGAAGGUGGCGUAGUGCGAGUUGGAUCAGCCGGCAUCAUCCACCCUUUCUCGUUCUCUCUUCGUAAAAGUUAUUGGACGCAACGGGAGGGGGGCCGCCCUUUUACGCUAGAGUCUUCGUUUCUCGCGCGUGCUACGGAACCUCCAGCGUCUCCACCAUCACCUGCUUCUUCUCUUCCUCCUCCUCCCCCUCCCCUUCCAUCAUCACCUCCUCCUAUUCCUCAUCCACCUCCUCCACCACCACCACUACUACCACCACCACCUUCAUCACUUCGUCUCGUCUCGAAAAAAUAUAUCCUUCCUUCUUCUCCCUCCUUCCCCUCUCUCCCAUCGAUCGAGCAGUGCAUGUGAGAGAGUGCGCCGCGUCGAGUUUCUUCUCGUCCGGCGCGCGUUUGUUUGUGCUACAACGAAACGGGGUUAACGGCGAAUCCAACGACGACGGCGGUGGUAGUGACGACGCAACGAGUUCUGCUUACGUCGGAGACGGUGGAGAGUUUCGGAGUAGGAUACGGCCAGGGUGCAGGCACAAGCACAGGCGACUGGAUGAAACCACCGGGGGAUCUCUUUCUUUACUGCGACAUGAAGGAUCUGGGAGCCGAUAUGAUCGCUCCCUCGGCAAAAAAGCUCUGGGGUGUGGACGAAGGCGGCUCCAAGGACGAGGGUGGCGUAAAAGGUGGUGGGAUACUUCACCUGGGAGACCACCAAAUGUGGCGAGAUUCUACUUGGAGCACCUCAGAUCAUGCAGUGUCACAACCAAUAUCAAUGGGUACGGGUAGACGUGUGGGUGUUGGGACCGGAUAUCAUCAUCAAACUUCAGAAGUUGGGACAGUUCUUAGUCCUAGAAGCAGUGAAACGGGUGGAUUGGGAGUUAAAAUGGUUGAAUAUGUUCUUGGUUCAAGUCCCACAACACCGAAAGAUUUAGAACCUCGAAUGGUCUCUCUUAGAUUGAAUACGGACACAGAUAAAAAGGAAAAAGACAAAGGAUCUGCUAGUCCUUUUGAUAGUUCGAAGGAUGAUACUGGUCCACAAGGAAAUGGAUUAGCAUCACAGAAUGGUCUCGAUGAUGAUAAAGGUUUCAAUCGUACACCAGGUAGUCGUCAACCAUCCCCGGGUGAAGAAGAAUUUCAAAAAAAUGCUGCAGCAACGUUAGCAGUGAGUGCUGGCGGUGGUGGUGUAGUUUUGUUAAAACCAGGUGUCGAUGUUGUUGGAAGCGAGGAACAUUUUAUGGCAGCGUUUGCUCCUGCACCACCACAUCAUCUUCAACAUCAUCAGGCACCACCUACGCAUCAUCUACAACAUCCUCAUUCUCACGCGGCACAACUUUUUGGGGCGCAGGCGCCACCACCCCCGCAAGCUCCACCACCCUCUCAGCAACAACAACAACAGCAAGGCCCUCCUCAACCACAAGACACUACAACUCAUUUUGAUGUACAGCAAUUGUUUCGCAGUCAGCCGCAAGGCGCAACGCCGCAACAAUUACAAUUGCUACAACAGCAACAGCAACAGCAACAACAACAACAAUAUCUGGCUGCGUCUCAGGCUCAACAGCAGCAGCAACAGCAACAACAGCAACAACAAAAUUUUCCCACGGCACCGUACACCGUUAUAAGUGGACAAGAACCAUACGUAGGAGCUUUGAUAGCUGGUGCACCGCCACCAGUGGUACCUCAGUAUUAUGGAGUUGGCCCAUGGGUUUAUCCCGCUGGUCUACUACCGCAAGCACCUCCGCAAGCUGCGGCCCCACCACCACCGAGACGACCGUUAACACCUUCCUCGGCAGCGGCCGCGGCGGCUGCGGCCCAAGACACCGCAAAUAAUUUGGCACAAACGGUUCAAGGUCAAUAUCAGGUUAUACCAGCUUAUUACGAUCAAAAUGGAUCCAUAGUUAUGGGCGGUGUACGCGGCCUUAGUUCCGCGGCAACUCCGAUGAGAUUAGUCAGCCCAGCACCCGUUCUAGUGAACAGAGCUCCUUCUCAACCACCUCCUGGACCACCUGCUCCUCCACCACCGAGUCUUUAUUCACAGGCGACCCCGACAUCGCAUAGUAAUGCCACGCCUGGUGAAUGUUUAGGUCUGGCAGCGUGCAGCGCAGCAGCGGUUGUUGCGCAAGCUCAAGCAGUUGCCGCACAACAGGCACAACAACAAGGAUCAGGACUUGCCGCAGGUCUGGCGGCUUUAGGAUAUGGAGGUUCUCCUCUUGGAGCAUUGGGCUCACCUGCCCAACUUCAAACAACAGGUUUGGGACUUGGAGCAUCAUCGACAGGAAGAAGGGAUUCCUUCGAUAGGAAUACAUCGGCAUUUAGCCCAAGUUUGGAAUACAGUCGAGCGAAAUGGCCACAAAGUUAUGGAGCUCUUGGUACAGUAACGGCUUCGCCAAGUCCAUUAGGAUUAUCUUUGACUCCACCACCAACUUUAGGAGGAUCCUUGGGUGGACUUGUAGGAGGUGCGAAUCGAGUAUCAGCUGCUCCAGGUGCCGAAGCUAAAUUCCGUGCAAGCGCUGUACCAGCAUUAACAGCUAAUGGUGUAUUCGGUUCGAGCAGUUCUCUUUUCCCAAAUUUGGUCGGUAAAGCAGGCCGUACCGGAGCUACGAAUAUCGGGGAUAAAAAUGCUGGAGGUCGAUCUCGUCUUUUGGAGGAUUUUAGAAAUAAUCGAUUCCCGAGUCUUCAAUUACGUGAUUUGGUUAAUCAUAUCGUUGAGUUCAGUCAAGAUCAACAUGGUUCACGUUUCAUUCAACAAAAGUUAGAACGUGCUUCUGCCAGCGAGAAACAUCUCGUAUUUCAAGAGAUACUUGCUUCUGCUUAUUCUCUUAUGACAGACGUUUUUGGGAAUUAUGUCAUACAAAAGUUCUUUGAAUUUGGAACGCCCGAACAAAAAUCUACUUUAGCGCAAAAGGUUCGAGGCCAUGUGUUACCUUUGGCACUACAGAUGUAUGGCUGCAGAGUAAUACAAAAGGCUCUUGAAUCUAUUGGGCCGGAACAGCAACAAGAAAUUGUACGAGAAUUAGAUGGGCACGUAUUGAAAUGCGUUAAAGAUCAAAAUGGAAAUCACGUUGUUCAAAAAUGUAUCGAAUGCGUCGAACCAAGAGCAUUACAGUUUGUUAUCGGUGCAUUUGCUGGACAAGUUUAUUCAUUGAGUACUCAUCCGUAUGGAUGUAGAGUAAUUCAACGUAUAUUGGAACAUUGCACUCCUGAACAAACACAAGGGAUUUUACAAGAAUUGCAUGCCGCCACCGAUCAGCUUAUACAAGAUCAAUAUGGUAAUUACGUCAUUCAGCAUGUACUCGAGCAUGGAAAGCCAGAGGAUAAAACACAAUUGAUUAGUAGCGUCAGGGGUAAAGUACUUGCACUAUCACAACACAAAUUUGCAAGCAAUGUUGUGGAAAAAUGUGUUACCCAUGCUACGAGACAGGAACGCGCCGUUCUCAUUGAAGAAGUUUGCGGUUUUAAUGACAACGCGCUCAAUGUUAUGAUGAAGGAUCAAUACGCUAAUUACGUGGUACAGAAGAUGAUAGAUGUGGCAGAGCCUGCACAACGUAAAGUGUUGAUGCACAAGAUUCGCCCGCAUUUAGGAAGUCUCCGCAAGUAUACGUAUGGCAAGCAUAUAAUCGUUAAAUUAGAGAAAUUCUUCAUGAAGACAGCAUCCGCUAUGGGAGUAUCAACGCCAGCUGGUGCCUCGAAUAAUAGCGGAGAUCUUGGACCGAUCGGACCUCCAGCAUCCGCUGCUGGUACUGUUUCUACGCCGGCGCAACAGUCCACGCAGGUUUUAUAAGCGCACGAUUUUUGAAACUCUCUUCUCUCCCCCCCCUCCCACCAAAUAAGCAAAAAAUUUUCACAUGCCCGACACCACCAUACUUUACGGUAAACAUCGACUAGGCUCAUCAUUCUACAUUUAUCUGUUUACAUCACCAUAUUUUACGCAUUUCGAGAGUUACGUUAUGAUUAUCUUUCUUCAAGUAUAACAUACUAAGAAAGAAUGAAAGAAAGAAAAAAAGAAAGAAAAAAAAGUAAAAAAAUUAAUCUAGAAUUUAGCAGGUUCGUUAUUGCAAAGAAUGGAUGGUUGUUAUUAUUUCUUACAGCAUUAUUAAACUUACGUUAUUUGUACAGAUUUUCGAAAAUUUCAUUGAUAAAAUGAGAAUCAUGGCACGAUAUAUAUAUAUAUACACAUACACUGACACACACACACACAUAUAUAUAUAUAUACACACACAUAUAUAUAUAUUUUUUUUUUUCUUUCAUGAAAAAUAAGUGUCUCCGAGAAAGGGGAAACGAAAAAGGAAGAAAGAAAAAGAUCACGCAAAUUCGUAGAUUCGAUGGUUAAGAAAAAAAAAAAAAAAAGAAAGAAAGAAAGAAAGAAAGAGAGAAAGGAAAGGUGUGCGUUAGUGCAUUUUUUCUAUCGUUGCAUUAUUAGAGAAGAAAAUAUAUUCUUCGAGAGUUUCAUGUAUUAAUUGAAUUGUAUUCAAAUAUCGUAAAGAGUUUAGCAUUAUUAAUGACGUUCGUCAAUGAGUUUUCGUUUGAGAAGACGGUAAGCUAUGGGCAUGUUAUAUAUAAACAAACAAACAAACAAACAAACAAAAUAAUAAUAAUAACAAGAAGAAGAAGAAGAAGAAGAAGAAGAAGAAGAAAGAACAAAAGAAAGAAUGAAACUGAUAGAUAAACGAAUAUACGCGAAAUUAAUCGUGGCGGCUAAGAUGGAUAUAUAUAUAUGUAUAUAUAUAUAUAUGUAUAUAUAUAUAUAUGUAUAUAUAUAUAUGUGUUGACAUAUAUAAAAGAGAUCGUUCGAAGAGAUACGAUUAAAUCUCACAUAAAUAAUAAUUAAAGAUCGAAAAGUGUUAUCGAAAGGUUUGUAGAAGUUAAAGCAGUAUUCUGCUAAUGUGUUUAGAACUAAAAACAGGGCUAGAGAGAGAGAGAGACAGAUAGAGAAUGAGAGAAUGAGAGAGAGAGAGAGAGAGAGAGAGAGAGAGAAAGAGAGAGUGAGACAGAUUUCGACGAUGAUUAGGAGCCGAGAGAGAUGACCGUAUCUCGCGCAGAUGUAUUAAAUCGUAAAAGUGCGUAAUAAUAAGAGCGAUUCGAAGUGAGUUUGUCGGCUAUAGUAAGAGAAACUCGGCAUAGGAAAAAAGAAAAUAAAAAAAAAGGAUCGUGGAUGAAAGAGAGAAAAACUACUAAAAAGGGGAUGUUAGAGCCAGCUAGCAUAGUUGUUAGUGUGCUGGAUGCAUUUAUAUUGUAUUGCGCGCGCGCGCGCGACAAGCAUGUACCGCGUAAUAAAUAUAAUAAGCAGCGUUUAAAUAAUCGUAAAAGCAAAAAAAAAAAAAGCAAAAGAAAAAAAAAGAAGUCGCGAAAAGAUGCUCAACCAACAUCUUACUCAUAAAUCUUUCGCGAGUCUCUGCAUGUAAAACGAAACGGUAGUCCGAAAUUUUUCGCGUUUUUUUUUUAUUUUUUUUUUUUUUUUUCUUUUUUAAUUUUCUUCUUUAUUUUUUUUCGUGCGGGUUUCUUUUCCUUUUUUUUUUUAUUUUUUUUUUCUUUUAUUUUUUUUUUUUUUCUUUUCUCCUCGUUUCGCGGUAUAUACUUGAUCAAAGCACGUAUUUGCAACAAAUAUAAACAAAGAUGAAGUAAGGUGAAGAGUUUGAGAGAAUAAAGAUUAGGAGUUAUACAGAUACAUAGCAUUUGACAUGGGAACGAAGCAAAAACAAACAUACAUACAUACACAUAUACAUACAUACAUAUAUACAUACAUACAUACAUAUAUACAUACAUACAUACAUACAUACAUACACAUAUACACAUAUACAUACAUACAUAUUAAUAAAUUAACUAACUGAAGCACCCACUGAUUUGAUCUUGACCGCUGAUGAUCAUCUGCCCCCUGACUGCUUCGAACGUUCAUAUUGAAAGAAAACAAAAAGACCAACUUUAAUAAUCGCUCAUUUUUUACAUCGUGACAAAUUUCGGAGGCGAACGGAAAGAUAUAAUUAUUAAUAUUAUUAUUAUUAUUUUCUAAUUUUCUUUUUUUUUUUUUCCCUCAUUUCUUUUACUUUUCCUACUUAUAUAUGUGUAUAUAUAUAUAUGUAUAUAUAUAUGUAUCGAUAUAUAUAUAUAUACACAUAUAUAUUUAUUUUGUUUUCUUUCUUCCUCUUUAUCUUUAUUUUUUAUUAUUAUUAUAUAUAUAUAUUUUUUUUUCUCUCUCUAAUACGUGUGGUUUACUUAGAAAGGAAAGACAGGCAAAGAAUAAGGAGAAAUAAUGUGCCGACAUUACCACAUAUAUAUACAUACAUAUAUAUAUAUAUUUUUUUUCUCCUUUUUUUUUCGUUUUACAUUCGUUGCCCUCCGAUCGUAUAAAGUACGGGCGCCAUUGUUUAUUUUUUCUUUUCUUGAUUUUUUUUUUGUUUUUUUUUUCCUGUUUUAUUUCUGUUUUUUGUCUUUUUUUUUUUUUUUUUUUUUUUUUUUGUUUUUUUUUAUACCUCUCUCUCACACAUCCAUCAACCAAACCUUUAUCUCCUCCCCCACAUUCUCCUUCGAAAGCCCCCCCCCUCUCCCCAAAUUUUCCCAAUCUCCCUUAGAUCCCUCGAAUUUUGUAAAUUGUGAUAUAAAUAAAUAACAAAUGUGUAUAGGUACGACGUGACAUCCGAUCGCGCGAAGAAGCGUAAAUUAAAAACGGAUAUUUUGUUUCUCACGGGAAUUCCCUCUUUUUUAACGGACUCUGUGUAUAUUGUAUAUUAUAAUAAUUACUAAUUAUAUUAAAUUUAAAUAUGUGGUUUACGUUCCCUAAAUAUGCUGCUGCUACUGCUGCUCCUCCUUCUCUUCUAUAUCCUUCCCCUACCCUCUUCUUCCUUCCUUCUCCUCUUUCUCAUUAAAGAAAAUAUGAAUGAAUGAGUUAACAUCAUACAUACAUAUAUAUGUAUAUAUAUAUAUAUAUAUAUAUAUAUAUAUGUAUAUGUUGUGUGUAUAUAUGUAUGUAUAUGUUAUAUAUAUAUAUGUAUAAGGUAUAUAUAUAUUCUCGUUCCUCUUUUUACAAUCCUUUUUAAUAAGUCCAAAUCUCGUACCAUAGAAAUUUUUUCCUUUCCCUAUUCCACGCAUCCCUUUUCUCAAAUGUAAAAUAUAAAUAUUUUUGACAAAAGUAUAAGCGCGUUAGGAAAGAAAAAAAGAAUGAAAAAAAAAUUCUCCUCCUCCUCCCCUCCCUCUCCUUUUCUAUUCCUCUCUUAUAUCUAGAAUUACUCUACCUUUUCCCUUCACCUCAUCCUAUGUCUUUCUUUUUCCAUCCACAUACUCUCCUAUUUAUCCGUCCUUUCCUAAUUUUCAAAUGAUUGCAGCGUUUACGGUAAUCUUCGAACGUAACUAAAAACUUAUUGUAUAUUGUAUAAACGAUAACCGCGUUCUUAAACAAACAAACAAACAAACAAACAAAAAGAAAAAGAUCGUCAGGAAAAUAAUGUGCACAAAAAAAAAAGGUGUGUAUGAUAUAUUAUUUCUGCGCCAUCUCCCCUCUUAUUUUUUCAUCCCCACCUCCCCUCUAUAUUCUCCAUGUAUUACCGGCACACUGAUUAUAUAAUUUUUUUUUUUUUCCCCCACUUUGUAUUAUAUUAUUAAUGACUAUAUAUGGAAUAACGACAAUUUGAAAUAAUAAGCCCGCCUCUCAGCUAUUUUCAUCGCGAUCACGAUGGCUACACCUUCCACAUUCAAGAUUUUAUAAUAAUAAUAAUAAUUAUAAUAAAUGGUAAUGAUGAGAUAGUGAUGAUGAUGAUGAUGAUGAUAAUGAUUUAAUAUUAAUAUUAAUAAUAAUAAUAAUAAUAACAAUAAUAACAAUGAUGUAUCAAAAAGAGAAAGAUUUUUAAACACCUUGUUAGUUUUUUUUUUUUUUCCACAAUAUUUUUUCGUACUUUCCAAACUCAUGUUUACUCUCUUUUAUUUUAUUUUUAAUAACUUAAAAGAGAGAGAGAGAGAGAGAGAGAGAGAAUUAAAGAGAUAGAAAGAGUCGAUCCAUUCGGAAUGUUUAUUUGAAAAAAUUAUCUAUCGAUCUAAGACAAUGAUGAUGAUGAUGAUGAUGAUGAUGACGAUCUUUCGUUUGUGAAAUGAAAAAUUUGUAAAAUAAUUACUCGCUCUCACUCGAAUUGUAUGUGGCUAAACUGAUCGUCAAUUUUUUGUUCUUUUAUAUAUAUAUAUAUAUAUAUAUAUAUAUAUAUAUAUAUAUAUAUAUAUAUAUAUAUAUAUUUUCUUUAACGUUCAACAAAGAGAAAGAUAAAGGAAGAAUCGGUAACACGGAUUUAAUUAAUUAAAGGUUUUUCUCCUAACACGUGUGAACACGUAUAAGUAUUGAAAAAGAAAGGAAGGAGGGAAGGAAGGAAAAAAAAGAGAAGAAAAAUGAAAAUGACGGGGACAGUUGGAUUAAUGAUAAAUAACAAAAAAAAAAAAAAAAAAGAAAAACGAAAGAAAAAUAAAUUGUCAAAAGGAUAGUGGCGAUCACCAAUGUAUAUUCGAUUGAGUUUCAUACUUGACUCUUACUACAAUGUACAUAUAAUAAAUAAAUAUACCAUUGAGAACGUAGGCUGUUGUCCGCGAUAAGUCGGUAUUUUUCACUCAUGAAUGACGAAGGAUAAUACGAGAGAAAAUAACUCUAUCUAUCUCGAGAGAGAGAGAGAGAGAGAGAGACGCGUAUGUUAUGAUUUUGUAUAAUAACAAAAAAAAAAAAAAAAGAAUAAGAAUAAACAAAAAAAGGAAAAAGAGCAAUUGAACAAAAGUAAAGAAAGGAAUGAAAAUGGAAUCGAGUAAGAAGUGGAAAUAAAAUAUGAGUAUUGACGAAAAAGAAUAAAAGAGGAAAAAUAUCGCAGCUUUCUUUGUAAAAUAUUGUAAAUAACGAUUUAUUAACGAAAAGUUGACAAAUUCUUAGGUACAAUCUCCCCACUCCCCUACGCCCAACCCUUCUCGCCCGUCCUCUUUCUUAGUCUUUCUCUUAUUCCCUCCCUUCCUCCCACUCCCCUUCCACCUUCAUCCCUUUGAAUAUGAGUCGAGAUGAAAUAAUCGUAAUGUACGUAUGCAUCGUCGCGAUCGAAUGAUAUAAAGAAAGUGAACGUAUAAAUAAAAGAGAAAUUUUAGGAUGAAAAUUAGGAAUGUUAGAAAGAGAGUGUGUGUGUGUGAGAGAGAGAGAGAGAGAGAGAGAGAGAAAGAGAGAGACAGUUGAACGAAUAAAACAAAAAUUGAUGAUGAAGCCACAUAGGAUUUUUGAGUAUGAACGUUUAAGAAAAAAAAAAAAAUUAUGAUCGUUGAUUAUAAAAAAUUCAAGAAGUGUAAAAGAAUAGAAAAUAAUAAAAGGAAUGAAGGGGUAUAUAUAAAUAUAUAUAUAUGAAACAAUGAUCCAUGUUUGAAAAUCGCUGAGAGUACGUGGCCAAUUUCGCGAUAACGAAUAAAUCAAAGUUGCAAAGAUAAAGAAAAAUUAUAAACUCUAAUAUAACGGAUAUUGAUCUAACGAGCUUUUCGUGAGAGAAUGAAACAAAAUGAAAAACGAAAUACGAAACAACAAUAAUAACAACAGCAACAGUAAUAAUAAUAAUAAUAAUAAAAAACAAAAAAAAACAGAACAAAACAAAAGCCGGUUAAACAACAAGACAUUCCAAACGCCACACUUGUACACCCUUUUUCUCGAGUCGCGACAGGAGAGACCCCCCGCCCCCCUUUUACCGUUUGAAAAAAAAAAAAAGAGAAAAAAUAAAACAAAAUAAAAUGAAA